CCGUCAACUUCCCCGUGUUUCUGUUCAUUCGACGAUCCUCCUCCCACGGACGUGUGGCAUCGGAACCCGAAGCAGGACGUCACGCAUCUGGACUCAUCGUUGGAGGAAAUGGAAACAGUUGAGUUAGUUCAUGACGCUGGACCAACGCGCGUGCUCGCGUUCGAGUCCGCACAUCCGAACCGCAGCCGUGACAUCACGUCCUCGUGGAAACGCGUCCGGGCCAGGCCCCUCCCUCCCCGAGCCCGUGACAUCAGCCGGAGCUCGGCUGCUUUCCUCCAGGAGCACUCGGUGCGUCCGCGCACAUCCAGCGCCGCCGUCGGGAGGGAGACGCACGGAAACUGCGCCUGCUCGGCCGCCUUCGCGGGACAAACCGGACUUGUUCUCGGUUCGACAUCAUGGGGUUUUUUUUGAUUCCCCUUGGCCACUAGUUAAACACAUCACAGCAGCGGGUGCAUAGCGACGGCUCCAGACAUGGCCGCCCAUCGAAUCAGAGCCACCAACAGCAGCAACGCUUCGCUCCCGCGCUGCAAGUCUGAGGGGACGCUCAUCGAUCUGAGCGACGGAGUGUCUGAAGCCAGUCUCACUGAUGUCAAAGUGCCUUCUCCCAGUGCCUUACGACUGGAUUCAACUGCCUCCUUCGGCGCUGCCAGGGAAGUCAUUGCCAUUAAGGAUUACUGCCCAUCGAGCUUCACCACCCUCAAGUUCUCUAAAGGCGACCGCUUGUAUGUCCUGGACUCGUCAGGAGCAGAGUGGUGGUACGCUCACAACAACACAGAGAUGGGCUACAUCCCUGCGGCCUACGUGGAGCCCAUCAACUACAGAGACUCGUCGUUCAGUGACAGUGGGAUGAUUGACACUGUGGGAGACUGUAACGAGGAGGUAGCCACAGAAAUGGAACUUUUAGGAGAGUGGGCCGGCGUCAUACUGAAGCCCACCACCUUUCAGAAUGGAAACCCUUUUUCAACAACCCAUACCUCUACAAACCCUUUCCUGAAUGGGGGUCCUCAGAGUCCACUGGAUCAAAAGAGUAAUGACAGAUCAGUUGACCUGCUUCUGUUUGAUACACUCGCUCCAUCAGUGCCCAACUCCUCCAGCAGCUCUGCUGAUGUCAGCGGCCUCUUCACCUUGAACCCUCUUAGUCCGGCUGUCGGGGGACAAGCGCUGCGAAGGGAGAAUCCGUUCUUUAGAAGCAAACGAUCUUACAGCCUGUCUGAGUUAUCCAUCCUUCAGGCGCAGUCUGACGCUCCCCAAGCUCCCACUGGGUUCUUUGGUGGCCUUAAAGCACCGGUGCCAGAGCAGUUCCAGAGCAGGGAGGAUUUCCGAACAGCGUGGCUCACCCACCGCAAGCUGGCUCGGUCCUGUCACGACCUGGACUCACUGGGUCAAAACCCAGGCUGGGGCCAAACGCAGCCCGUGGAAACCAACAUCGUCUGUCGGCUGGACAGCUCUGGAGGGGCAGUCCAGCUUCCAGAUACUAACAUCAGCAUCCACAUACCUGAGGGCCACGUGGCCUUAGGGGACACACAGCAAAUUUCCAUCAAAGCUUUGCUUGACCCACCGCUAGAGCUGAACAACGAUCGCUGCACCACUGUCAGCCCUGUGGUGGAGAUCAAACUGAGCAACAUGGAGACCAAAACCACCAUAACUCUAGAAAUGAAGGUGUCUGUGGUGGUGAAAAUGGAGAGCAGAACAACGACAGAAGUCAUGUGUGUAAGGAGUGAUUGCAAAGAGGGACCCUACACUCCCAUUCCUCAGGCCUACCUGUAUGGGGACACAGUGCAGGUGUGUUUGGACAAUCUUGAACCCUGCAUGUACAUCUGUGUCGUGGCUCAGGCACAGUCAGUGUCUCCAGACUCCACAGUUUGGGAACAUGUUGUUAAGAAGAUCACCUUAGGGGUAUAUGGUCCCAAACAUAUCCACCCGUCCUUCAAGACAGUCGUGGCUAUGUUUGGCCAUGACUGUGCCCCUAAGACCCUGUUGGUGGGGGAGGUUGGUAAGCAGGCGCAGUCUGCUCCCCCAGUGGCGCUGCAGCUGUGGGGAAAACACCAGUUUGUUUUGACCAGACCCCAGGAUCUCUGUGUUGGCGUUUAUUCCAACAUGGCCAACUAUGAGGUGAAGGCUAGUGAGCAGGCCAGAGUGGUCCGCGGCUUCCAGGUCAAACUGGGCAAAGUCAGCAGGCUCAUCUACAUCAUAUCCUCACGCAACAACGAGGAUGUUUCAGAUUUCACCAUCAGGAUCCAGGUCAAAGACGACCACGAUUGUAUACUGGCUCAGUUCUGUGUCCAGACGCCAACUCCACCACCCAAAGCCGGCCCAAAGACAUCGGUGCAACGGCGCUUCCUGAAGAAGAAGGAAGUCGGGAAGAUUGUCUUGUCUCCUCUUGCCAUCGCCACCAAGUACCCUGUUUUUCAAGACAGGAGGAUAAAUAACCUUAGGUUUGGCAAGUUAAUCAAAACUGUCAUCCGGCAAACAAAAAAUCAGUACUUGCUUGAGUACAAAAAAGGAGACUUUGUUGCGCUGUUGAGUGAGGAGAAGAUCAAGCUGAAGGGCCAGUUGUGGACAAAGGAGUGGUACAUUGGAUAUUAUCAGGGCAAAAUGGGACUCGUCCAUGCAAAGAAUGUGCUAGUAGUUGGAAAAGUGAAGCCUAUUUACUUCACUGGGCCCGAACUCACGACUUCACUGCUGCUAGAGCAGAUCCUGAAGCCCUGCAAGUUCCUCACCUACAUCUACGCCUCAGUACGAACUAUCCUCAUGGAGAACAUCGGCAACUGGCGGGCUUUCGCAGACGCCCUGGGAUACGUCAACCUUCCCUUAACACAUUUCUGCCGCACAGAGCUGGACAGCGAACCUGAGAAGGUUGCAUCGGUGCUGGAGAAGCUGAAGGAAGACUGCAACAACACAGAGAGCAAAGACAGGAAGUCGUUUCAGAAAGAGCUCCUCAUGGCUCUGUUGAAGCUGGACUGUCAGGGGCUCGUGGCCAGACUAGUCAUGGACUUUGUCCUGCUGACGACUGCGGUGGAGCUGGCCGGGCGCUGGAGGGAGCUGGCUGAGAGGCUGGCCAAGGUUUCACGCCAGCAAAUGGACGCCUACGAGGCGCCGCACCGCGACAAGAACGGGGUGGUGGACAGUGAGGCCAUGUGGAAGCCAGCCUACGACUUCCUGGUCACGUGGGCGGCUCAGAUCGGCGACAGCUACAGGGAUGUGAUCCAGGAGCUGCACUUAGGCCUGGACAAGAUGAAGAACCCCAUCACCAAGCGCUGGAAGCACCUGACGGGCACGCUGAUCCUGGUCAACUGCCUGGACGCGCUGCGGAGCUCCGCCUUCAGCCCGGCUGCUCAGGACGACUACGCCAUCUGAGCCCCACUCGCUCGCAAGGCCACUACUGCUGUACUGUUCCUGUGGCUCCGCCCCCGGCUCCGCCCCCAGCGCCGCCUCCCUGACCGAUGCCGGGCGGAGCGCGCACUGUUCACUGACUCUUUUAAUAGUUCCUGUCUUGCAUAGUUAUGUAUUUUUGUACUCUUAUUAUGGCACAGCGUUUUAUAAAGCAACACUUUGGACACUUUUGGUUAAAAUCUGUGGAAAACAGUGAAAGAAACAUAGAGGCUGUACCUUUAGUCCCACAGCUGUGUCAGAUCUGUUCUAUUUAUUACUGCAUCAGACAGAAGAAUGAAUUUACUUGUCUUCUUCAGGUUCUCUCUGUGGUCCUGCUCAGUCCAGAUCCAAAUAUCCUGUUGUCUGUCUUUAAAGCCUGACGCUACAGACAUGAAUCAUUUAUUCAUCUCUGCUAUCAUGAAUUAAAAAAGGAAGUGUUCUGCGUUUCUCUGUCGAAUGACUGUAAACUGAAUAUGUUUGGCUUCUUUCUGUUAAAACUAUUAAUGUGUCAUAAUCAGACUUAAUUCAAUCAGCUGAUCUGUGUGAUACGGUUAAAAGAAGCAAGUUGCUGUUUGUGUUUCUUUUCGUCACCUGCCUCCUCCAUUAAGCUGAAGCUCAUCCACUCACCUCCUGCCUGUGGCUCCUCUGUCCUGGUCAAAAACCUGCCAAAACCUGCUCAGUCCACUUCUGUUGGCGACACAUCACAGCUUCUGCCACAGCCUGUGAUGCUGUAACACCGCGUUGUGAGACUGACCUCCUCUUUUUGUGACUGCAUACAUUUGUGAAAAGGUCCAAAUAAAAUGUUAAUAUUUGUA